GUUCAUUUUCUGUAGAUUAAAUAAAAACUAAAAUGCAAGAUAAUAAUGAUGAGGAUGAUGGUUUUCCAUUCAAUGAUUUAUUUCUCCAAUUGAGGGUGAGUGUGGUUGGUGCUCUCUUCUUACACGCACACUUUCACAUCCACAUGCCCACAUCCAUUAUUAAAAUUAUGUUGACUGCAUGAAGAUAAAAAAAACAUUUUUUAGUUUUUGUUGUUUUCUUGUCUCCGAGGCAUUAUUUCUCUAGAAAACUUAUAGAAAUAAAUACUGUUUUGAAUAAUUUUCUUCCAGCUUCAUGUAUUCUAUGUACAUGGACAAUAGCUGAUUCAUCAACAUUAAUAAUUGACACAUCAUUUCAUCAAACAUUAAAUAAUUCAUCACUUAUCUCAGCUAUUCGAGAAUUUGAUGAAUUUAUUAAAUCAUCAAGAAAAUAUCUUAGUGACACUGAACAUAUUGAUCAUUCUCUAUCAGUUAAUAAUUUAACAUUACUAUGUCUAAUUAGUAUUGAAUGUUCAGACGAUAAUAUUGCUCCUCAAUCAACUAUGACCAUAAAUGAAUUUAUACGAAUAGAUGAAAUUGUUUGUUCAUAUUUCCCACAUACGACUGAUACAUGUUUACAAUCUGAAGUUGAUUAA